AAGCAUUAUAAAGAAGUCUCAUUAUUGUCGAAAUCAAUCUUUCUUUCGUUCUCACUAUCUCUUCUUCCAGAAACAGACAAUGACUACAAGAACAAAUCAACCACCACAACCAAACGGUGUUAACGGCGGCGAACAAAGACCACGAGCACCACCACCAUCAUCCUACUCAAACGGCUUCAACAACCACCCUCAAUACUACCCAAGAACACCAGCUCGUUCCUCCUCCUCAGCUUCCCUAAAAGGCUGUUGCUGCUGCCUCUUCCUCCUCCUAUCAUUCCUGGCACUUCUCACACUCGCAAUCGUCCUCAUCAUCCUCCUCGCAGUCAAACCAAAAAAACCACAAUUCGAUCUUCAACAAGUCGGAGUCCAAUACAUGGGAAUCACACAAACACCGAACAAUAUACCCACCGGCGCCGGCGCUUCACUUUCCUUAACAAUUCGUCUUCUAUUCCAAGCGGCUAAUCCUAAUAAGGUAGGGAUCAAGUACGGCGAGUCCAGUUUUACUGUGUUGUACCGUGGAAUCCCAUUAGGAAAAGCUUCUGUUCCUGGAUUUUAUCAAGAUGCUCAUAGUGUAAGAAAUGUUGUUGCUACCAUUGUUGUUGAGAAGGUUAAUUUACUUCAAGCUGAUGCUGCUGAUUUGAUUAGAGAUGCUUCUUUGAAUGAUCGUGUUGAUCUUAGGGUUUCGGGUGAUGUUGGUGCUAAGAUCCGUGUCAUGAAUUUUGAUUCUCCUAAUGUUGAGGUCUCGGUGGAUUGUGCUAUAGUGAUUAGUCCAAGAAAGCAAUCUCUGACUUACAAGCAGUGUGGAUUCGAUGGACUGAGUGUUUAAUGAAGAAGAAUAGUGCAUAUAAUUCUUGUUGACACUAUCAAUGUCCUUAAUUUUCACUUGAUUUCUCUCUCAACUCUCAUUUCUUCAAUUAAUUUUAGGAAGAAAUGAGUAGGAAAAAAAUAGUUGAUUAGAGGAAAUAUUGAAUUUACAAUGGCUAUCAAAAAAGGAGUCUCAACAAAUUGUUUAACUCCAUAGUCAUGGGUGUUUUUGUGGAAAAUAUAUUAAAUCAGGGCACUAAGCAUUUUUCUCAUAA